UCACAAUAAGCGAAGCUAGUUCAGUUUCAUUUGUGCAGUCACCAUCAUGGGCAACUGGGUGGAAAAUGAGGGGCUCUCCAUAUUUGUCAUUUUUGUAUGGCUGGGUUUAAAUGUCUUCCUCUUCUGGUGGUUCUACCAAGUAUAUGAUCUUGGGGAACAGUUCUUCUACACAAGAGAACUUCUUGGGCCAUACCUGGCACUGGCCCGGGCACCUGCAGCAUGUCUGAAUUUCAACUGCAUGUUGGUUCUGCUUCCUGUGUGUCGAAAUCUGCUCUCCUUCCUCAGAGGCUCAAGUGCGUGCUGCUCAGUGCGUGUCAGAAGACAACUGGACAGAAACCUCACUUUUCACAAACUGGUUGCCUGGAUGAUUGCACUCCAUACUACAAUCCAUACGAUAGCCCACUUAUUUAAUGUUGAAAGGUUGGUUGAUGCGCGAAACGAAGAGACGAAAACUAUCCAGGCUGUGCUGUCUGGUUUGGGUGAUCGGAAAGAUGAAUCCUACUUGAAUUUUGCCAGAAAGAAACUUAUGAAUCCUGAGGGUGGUCUCUACGUAGCAUUUACAACCUUGGCAGGACUCACUGGUGUCAUCAUUACAUUGUGUCUCAUACUAAUUAUCACAUCAUCUACAAAAACAAUUCGAAGAUCAUAUUUUGAAGUAUUUUGGUUCACCCAUCAUUUGUUUGUUAUCUUUUUUGCUGGUCUUGUCAUCCACGGAGCAGGAAAAAUUGUGCGUGGACAGACACGGAGUAGUUUAGAUGUGCAUAAACCAGAAAUCUGUGCCAGAAAUUACACCAACUGGGGGAAUUUGCCUUCUUGUCCUAUACCACAAUUUGCUGGAAAUCCUCCUAUGACAUGGAAAUGGGUGGUGGGCCCUAUGAUUCUGUAUGUCUUUGAAAGGCUGGUGCGCUUCUGGCGAUCACAACAAAAGGUUGUUAUCACAAAGGUUGUCACUCAUCCUUUCCAAACCUAUGAACUCCAGAUGAAGAAAAAGGGCUUUAAGAUGGAAGUGGGGCAAUACAUUUUUGUGAAAUGCCCUGCAGUAUCCAUGCUGGAAUGGCACCCUUUCACAUUGACUUCUGCUCCUGAAGAGGAUUACUUCAGCAUUCACAUACGUGUUGUAGGGGACUGGACAGAUGGCUUGUUUAAAGCUUGUGGAUGUGACAAGGAAGAAUUCCAAGAUGCCUGGAAAUUGCCCAAAAUAGCUGUUGAUGGUCCCUUUGGUACCGCCAGUGAAGAUGUAUUUAGUUAUGAAACUGUGAUGUUGGUUGGAGCUGGCAUUGGAGUUACUCCUUUUGCAUCAGUCCUCAAGUCGGUGUGGUACAAAUACUGCAAUGAUGCCAUUAACCUCAAACUCAAAAAAAUCUAUUUUUAUUGGCUCUGCAGAGACACCCAUGCUUUUGAAUGGUUUGCUGAUCUUCUGCAAUCACUGGAGAUUCAAAUGCAGGAAAAGGAUAAUGCAAACUUUCUCAGCUACAACAUCUAUCUAACUGGCUGGGAUGAAUCUCAGGCUACUCAUUUUACAGUACACCAUGAUGCAGAGAAAGAUGUGAUUACAGGCUUGAAGCAGAAAACCUUGUAUGGAAGACCAAACUGGGAAAAUGAGUUCAAAACAAUUGGAAGUCAGCAUGCAAGUUCCAGGAUUGGCGUUUUCCUGUGCGGACCCGAAGCCUUGGCUGACACCUUAAAUAAAAUGUGCAUUAGCAAUUCAGAUGCUGACCCACGAGGAGUACACUUCAUAUUCAACAAAGAAAAUUUCUGAUCAUAUUUGCUCCACAAAAAAGGAAAAAGAAAGAAUAGCUGCAUUUUAUUCACAUGUUUGUGUAUAUGUGGAGUUUGAGGACAACAAAGUUUACAUUGUUAUCGUAAACAUCCUUCUUACUAGAAUUUUUAAAAAAGUUCUAGAUUUGCUUGCAUUGCUUCUGUAUUUGGUACAGCUCUGCCAAAUAUGCUUUCUUCAAUUUAACCUGUUUUGGAUUGCAUUUGUAUACAUCCUGAACUCAAUUGGACUUACUACAGAUCAGUCACACAAGUUGUAUGGUUGAUUUGACACAUCUCUUAUCUGUAAUUACAAAAUUCCCCUAAAAAUCUGAUACACGUUUUCAAACGCUUUAAUGAUUAGCUUGGAAUCUCCCCUGCCACUUUAGUUUCCAGCUGCAAUAGUAGAAACUGUUGGUUCAUUGAGCUUGCCACAGACAGUGGUCCAAACAGGGUUGCCAGAUCACCUUUAUUCUUUGCUCUGCAAGAACUUCACUGGAGAUAGAAAAACUCAAAGAGCAGAGGGAAACCUAUUAAUAACUAGGAUAUAUUUUUCUUUUUAAAAAUCAUUUUACAUGAACACUAGAAUAGCAACACUUAGGGUGCUUUUACACUAGAAUUAAUGCAUGUUUGAUGCUGCCAUGGCAUCAUGGGAGUUGUAAUUUUACAACUGUAGCCUCUUCUAGCAAAUUGGUGCCUCACCAGAUUUCCAUAAGACUGAGCCAUGGUAGGUAUCGUAGUGUCAAACUGCAUUUGUGCACAGGCAAUUUCACCCUCUCCACCUGACAUCUCAAUUUCAUACAUGUGUGCCUUCAAGUCAUCUGUGGAUUUAUGUCAGUCCCAUGGGAUUACAUAAGGUUUUCUUAGCCAAGGAAUGCUCAGAAGUGGUUUAUCAUUUCCUUCCUCGGAAACAGCCUACAGCACCUGUUAUUUGUUUUCAAUCUCCCAUCCAAGUGCUAAACAGAGAUGACACAGCUUACCUUCCAAAUUAAUUUUCCAGUUCUUUGUUUGUUCAUAAGACAGGAUGAAUGAUUGAUAUGCGAUGCUUUAAUUGUAUGUGCAUUAAAUUAGAAUGUUAAUAUUUUGA